CAAAAAUGCCUUGUGUAUUGUUGGCGAUGAUGGCGUUAGCAUAUGCAACGGUUCACGACCGCGGCGAAUCAGACGGUGCGUACGAGUACGAGCACCCACAACUGAGCAUACGGUCGUCCGCCGUCGAGCACAAUCCCCAGCAUUGGGCUGACGACGCAGCGGCUGGUAUUGAGAAACGACUGCGGCACCGCAACAACCGUAAUGUGGCGCGCAACAUUGUCAUGUUUCUCGGUGACGGCAUGUCGGUCCCUACGAUAGCGGCCGCACGCAUCCUACUCGGUCAACGUAACGGCCAGACCGGCGAAGAGGCGCAGCUUUCUUUCGAAACAUUCCCCACUACUGGCUUUACUAAGACGUAUUGCCUGGACGGCCAGAUCCCAGAUUCGGCUUGCACAGCGACAGCGUACCUUUGCGGCGCGAAGACUAACUUGGGCAAUAUCUGCUUGAACGGCGACGUGAUGCGACGAGACUGCGAAGCGUCUACCAACCCUGAUACUCAUAUUGAAUCUAUUGCGGCUUGGGCGCUGAAGGAUGGGCGAGAUGCAGGUAUAGUGACAACGGCUCGCGUUACACACGCGUCUCCAGCUGGCGCGUACGCCAACGUGGCCAACCGAAUGUGGGAGAACGAUGCGAGUGUCGUUGAAGAUGGCGGCGACCCCGAGCGCUGCCCUGACAUAGCGCACCAGCUUAUCAAUAUGAGCCCUGGGAAUCAGUUCAAGGUAAUAUUGGGUGGCGGAAGAAGAGAAUUCUUACCUGUCAAUGUAACCGAUGAGGAAGGUUCGCCCGGCUUACGCCACGACAAUCGCGAUCUAAUUCAAGAAUGGGAGGAAAACAAAGCGUCACAAAACGCCAGCUAUGCUUACGUUUGGAAUAGGGAACAGUUAAUGAACCUGUCAACGUCCAUGCCGGACUAUCUGUUGGGUCUAUUCGAGAGCAGUCAUAUGCAGUUCCACUUGGAAGCCGACAAUAUAACCGAGCCCACCCUCGCGGAGAUGACAGAAAUAGCAAUAAAGUCUUUAAGACGCAACGAGAAGGGCUUCUUUCUGUUUGUGGAGAGCGGGCGCAUUGACAUUGGCCACCAUGGCAACCUAGUGGAGUAUGCGCUGGAUGAGACCAUACGCAUGCACGAUGCGGUAAAGGUCGCCACCGAGUUGCUACUCGAAGAGGACACUUUGAUCGUGGUUACAGCCGACCACGCGCACGUGAUGUCUUUUAGUGGCUACGCAUUUCGCGGUGGUGAUAUCCUCGGGGUUUCUGGUAGUCAGGACUGGCACCGAAUGCCCUAUAUGACGCUCUCAUACGCGAAUGGUCCGGGCGCGCGGAUGCAAGUGAAAGGCGUCCGCCGUAAUUUGACAGAAGAGGAAAACUUCAGGAAAAAAGGAUGGCGAUCGCAUGCAGAUGUUCCAAUUCCCUAUGAGAGGCACGGUGGUGAUGACGUGGGUGUGUUCGCUCGGGGCCCGCACCAUGAUAUGUUCUCUGGCGUUUUCGAAGAGAGCCAGCUGCCGUAUUUGAUGGCGUACGCCGGCUGCUUCGGCCCUGGCCCACACGCUUGUAACGCUGGCCCAGUGGCACACACCCCGGUCUUUUUAUUGGGUAUACUAAUUGUAUAUCAAAUACGACUAUAAGAGACAAAUGGAGGUAUUCGUAGUU